AAAUCCUGAUUCUGGCGACCAAGGCACGUCUGAAAUGCGGAUAGCCUGUCUGUCGUCUCGUCCUCUCGGCAAUGCGCAAUUUAGGAGUCGCUUUUCGCGCGAGCACCUUCCGCGCAAGCACCAUGCGCUCUCCUCAGUUGCCUUCCGCAGCCGGCGGUAGUCAGCGCAAUUCGGCUUCGGUAGCGGGAAUGGCGACGAUUAACGCGACGGCUAGUGUCGCAGGGCGGUCGCAUGGCAGAAGUGUGCUUCAGCCUGGACGGUUUCCGACUCAACAAGAGCUUCUUCGCUUCCCAGAUAACCCGGAUCACUCCAGUCCAAGCAAUUAUCCGCACCAUGAGGCAUGUGACAAUAGCGAGAGGGAGGGCCAACAGGCGCUCUUGGCCUGGCUGGAGUCCCUGGAUGGAGGACACGUGGCAGCAUGACUCCUCCACCUUGUUGAAGCAGAGUCCAGACCAGCCGAACUUACCGAGCCUAGAGGGCUUCAGCGUGCCGAGCCUGGAGCUGGCUCCGGCUCGGCCAGAGCUAGACUUUCCGGAGCUGAGGCAGAUGGGCAGACGGGCUCGGAAGCGAUUCCUGCGCGAGUCGAGGGAGAGGAAGGGGCGGAUUCAGACCAUGGGGGAGUUUGAUGUGCUCUUCACCCUGCCGCCUCCCUCCCUCCCUCCUCACUCACCCUCUCCUCCUCCUCCCUCUCUUCCUCACUUGCUCUCUCCUCCUCCCCUUUCUCCUCCUGAUUCCAAGUCGCCUGGUUUAUGUUGCAAGAGAGUUUUAGAGGGUGGUGCAACUGCUGCUGCUGAUGAUUGUGGUGGAGAUACAGCUGCUGUUGCAGCUGUUGAUUCUGCUCCUCCUGCUGCUGCUGCUGCUGCCGCUGCUAAUCCCGCCAUUGGACUUGAGGAUGCAGCCGCAGCAGCCUCAGCUGUGCUCCACCACUGGGAGCUUUCCGUGAAGUUUCUCCUCUUCGUGGGCUCGUGGGACGAUGCACUUGCCAUCUUCUCCCGCCGGUUCCAUCCCACUCAGAGCAGCAGCAGCAGCAGCAGCAGCAGCACCACCACCACCACCACCACCAUCACCACCACAUCACCACCACCACCACCAGUAGCAGCAGCACCACUAUCAGUGGUAGCAGCAGCAGCAGCAGCAGCAGCAGCAGCGGCAGUGAAGCAGCACCUGACUGGCUGCUGGGGCAGUACCUGGGCCCCCACGUGGGGGAGUCCCUCCGCGACCGGAAGGAGCGGCUUAGCCGACAACUGCUGCUGGGCAAACACGGUUAUGGGGCUCAGCUUAUAACGAGGAUGUAUGGAGUUGAGGGUAC